UUUGAAUUCAACCUGGAAGAACACGACAGAGUCGUUAAGAAGGUGCCAGAACCCUACAAAAAAGCACAAUGCAUAACAGUUAAAAAGAAUAAAUUAAGAAAUUAAGCAAGUGGUCAAAGCACGACUCGGUUUACCGACAGGAGUUAAGGUAGUCGAGAGAAUAUAUGAAACAGCAAAAAUCUAAAAAAAUCCAGAUACCCACCUAAGCGCGAGAGGGCCCCCACUGGGCAAGAAGAGAUCUCUGUGUGGAAUAAAAUAAUUGGCACAGAGAAUCUGUCUGUCACGAGCGUUGUACUUCUUAUUCUUGAGACCGAAAAGAAUUAGAGGUGAAAACGACGGAGGUCGCGUAUUCGAAUCCGCAGAAUCCUUCGACGAUGGGAAGGGAGGCCAGCAAUCUCGGUUCCAAAAUUACACUGGGAGUGUGCGUAAUGGAAAAGAAGGUUCUAUCUGCUCCCAUGAAUCAAAUCCUGGAUCGGCUACGGGCAUUUGGUGAAUUUGAGAUUAUCAUAUUUGGAGACAAGGUUAUUCUUGAUGAUCGAAUAGAGAAGUGGCCAAUAUGUGAUUGCUUGAUUGCUUUCUACUCCACUGGUUAUCCUCUUGAGAAAGCUGAAGCUUAUGCAGCUCUUCGAAAGCCUUUUCUUGUGAAUGAAUUGGCACCCCAGCAUCUUCUUCAUGAUAGGCGGAAGGUAUAUGAGCGCCUUGCAAAAUAUGGCAUUCCUACUCCCUGUUAUGCACUUGUGAAUAGGGAUUAUCCCUGCCAGGAGUUGGAUUACUUUGUAGAAGAAGAAGAUUUUGUUGAAGUUCAUGGAAAGCGAAUCUUGAAGCCUUUUGUUGAGAAGCCUGUUCAUGGAGAUGAUCACAGUGUUAUGAUUUACUACCCGAGUUCUGCUGGUGGGGGAAUGAAGGAGUUAUUUCGGAAGGUUGGUAACCGUUCCAGUGAAUUCCAUCCAGAUGUUAGAAGAGUUCGAAGAGAAGGAUCGUACAUAUAUGAAGAAUUCAUGCCCACUGGAGGAACAGAUGUGAAGGUUUAUACAGUUGGGCCUGAAUAUGCCCAUGCAGAGGCCAGAAAGUCUCCGGUUGUUGAUGGUGUUGUCAUGAGAAGUCCUGAUGGGAAAGAGGUGAGGUAUCCUGUAUUACUGACGCCAACAGAAAAGGAAAUGGCGAGAGAAGUCUGCAUAGCCUUUGGUCAGGCAGUGUGUGGAUUUGAUCUUUUGCGUUCUCAGGGAAGAUCUUAUGUCUGUGAUGUGAAUGGUUGGAGCUUUGUAAAGAAUUCUUACAAAUAUUAUGAUGAUGCUGCAUGCGUCUUACGCAAGAUGUUCUUAGAGGCUAAAGCACCUCAUCUUUCUUCGACAAUUCCUCCAUCACUUCCUUGGAAGGCCACAGAACCAACUCAGCCUUCUGGGUUAACUCGACAAGGCAGUUCUGCCAUUAUUGGCACUUUUGGGCAAUCUGAAGAAUUACGUUGUGUUAUUGCUGUUAUGCGCCAUGGUGAUCGUACACCUAAGCAAAAGGUGAAGCUAAAAGUCACUCAAGAGAAGCUUUUAAAUUUGAUGCUCAAAUACAAUGGUGGAAAGCCUCGUGCAGAGACAAAGCUUAAGAGUGCUGUGCAGUUGCAGGAUCUUUUAGAUGCAACACGGAUGCUGGUUCCACGUGCAAGGUCUGGAAGGGAGAGUGAUAGUGAUGCUGAGGACCUUGAGCAUGCAGAAAAACUUCGACAUGUGAAAGCGGUUCUUGAGGAGGGUGGACAUUUUUCUGGGAUAUACAGAAAGGUUCAAUUGAAGCCUCAAAAAUGGGUAAAGGUAUUAAAAGAGAAUGGUGAAGGUGAAGAAGAACGCCCAGUAGAAGCAUUGAUGGUACUGAAAUAUGGUGGUGUCCUUACACAUGCAGGGAGAAAACAAGCUGAAGAACUAGGGAGAUAUUUCCGGAACCAUAUGUAUCCAGGAGAAGGAACAGGUUUGCUACGCCUGCAUAGUACAUAUCGCCAUGAUUUAAAAAUAUAUAGUUCAGAUGAGGGUCGUGUACAGAUGUCUGCUGCUGCAUUUGCAAAGGGUCUUUUAGAUCUCGAAGGACAAUUAACUCCAAUUCUGGUUUCACUUGUGAGUAAAGAUUCAUCUAUGCUGGAUGGCCUUGACAAUGCUAGUACUGAAAUGGAUGAAGCCAAGGCAAGAUUGUAUGAAUUAAUAACUGCUCGGAAACCUGCUUCAGUUAAUGAAGAAAUCCCAUGGAUGAUUGAUGGUGCUGGCUUGCCACCUAAUGCAAGUGAACUGCUUCCAAAGAUGGUUGCACUCACAAAGAAAGUUACAGCUCAAGUCAAAGAGUUAGCCAGAGAUGAAGAAGACAGUCUGGAUGAGACAACUUCAGAUGAGGCUCUUCCUCCAUAUGAUCAAGCUAAAGCUCUUGGGAAGACAAAUAUGGAUGUCGAUCGAAUUUCUGCUGGAUUACCAUGUGGGAGUGAGGGAUUCCUCUUAAUGUUUGCACGAUGGAAGAAGCUAGAGAGAGACCUGUACAAUGAAAGGAAGGACCGGUUUGACAUCACACAGAUUCCAGAUGUUUAUGACUCGUGCAAGUAUGAUCUACUACACAAUGCACACUUAAAUCUUGGUGGCUUGGAUGAACUAUUCAAAGUGACUCAGGUGCUUGCAGAUGGAGUUAUUCCUAAUGAAUAUGGCAUUAAUCCAAAGCAUAAACUAAAAAUUGGUUCAAAGAUUGCUCGUCGGUUACUUGGCAAGAUUUUGAUUGACCUUCGAAACACACGGGAAGAAGCUAUUAGUGUUGCAGAGCUGAAACAUUCUCAAGAUUGUUCUGGUACGGGUUCUUCUGGUGAUGAUGACAGUGAUUCUGGGAGGAAGUGUAAAAGUAGGACUGAUGAAUCAAGAAAGCCUAGUUCUGCAAGUGAAAAAUCGUUGGAUCCAGAAGAUGAUGAUGGUAAAGAGACACAAUAUCGUCUAGAUCCAAAAUAUGCAAAUGUGAAGACUCCUGAAAGACAUGUUCGAACACGGCUGUACUUUACAUCAGAAUCUCAUAUACAUUCAUUAAUGAAUGUUCUCCGAUAUUGCAAUCUGGAUGAUUCACUACAAGGAGAACCCAGCCUUGUUUCCAAUGAUGCUCUUCAUCGGCUGUAUAAAACUAGAGAGCUGGAUUAUAUGGCUUACAUUGUAUUGCGGAUGUUUGAAAACACAGCAGUGUCACUUGAUGAUCCACGAAGGUACCGUAUUGAAUUGACUUACAGCCGUGGUGCAGGUCUUAGCCCUCUUGAGGCAUCUCCACUGUACCGGGAUCAUACUCUUCCUAUUAUGGGUUCUGAAUUAUUGCAAGAUGCGGACUCUUAUCUAACACUUGAUAGGCUGGAAAAGAUGAUUCACCCAUUUGCCAUGCCAGCAGAAGAUUUUCCUCCAGCAACAACUCCUCAGAGUUUCUCUGGCUUGUUUACAAAAGGUGGUGGUGGAGUUCUAGAACGCCUAGCUAAUCUCUGGCCUUUCCAUAAGCACGCCAAUGGAAAAGCAUCCUAAUGCACUUUUCUUUUCCUGGAUUAAAUGCUCUUUUUGGUAUUGUAAGAUUCAUUCAUUAGAGAUGCCAGCCAAUCAAAAAGCCCAAAGCUAUUUGAAUUUUCUGUAAUUCAUCCUCAAAAAUUUAACUAAAUUGUUUUAAAUCUGGCAGAUAUGACCAGAUUGUGGAAGAGAAUAAAGAUACCUUGUGCUAAACCAAACAUUUUCAAUGCUUAACUGAUUAGUCCUUAAAAUUUGUUCAUGCAAAUUUGAUGGCUUUUGAGAGUUUACGAAGCAUAUUGGAACAGAAAUUUGGAUCAACAUCAUUGCAACACAAAACUUAUUCAAAAGGUAAAUAAGAGAUUGGCGAGAGGAUUAUUUUGAAUUAAGCAAGAAAACUCAGCCACAAAAUUGUAUAUUAUUACUUACAUCUCAAAAAGUUUAUUUGUAAGGUUUUGUGGGAUCACCUUUAGAUGAUUUGAGAUUAUGUUUCUUAUGUUAUAUUUAGAAGGCUUAGGAAUGUGUUUAUUGAUAUUCUGUCAUACUAGGAUACCUAGCAUGGAAAUUAUUCCAUGUUUGUACUUACAAACUUGCACCAUUAAUGUAUUGCAGUUUUCAUACCAGGUAUCUUAUUCAUUUUCCUAUCUGUACCUCUAACUUCAGUUGUAAUAAGAUAUUAGUUGGAUA